AGGCCUUGUGUCAUCUGGUAGGACCCUGUUAGAAGGAUUUACAUGGCAAGACAUAUUACUGAAAAGUACAUAAAACCAGGAGCAUCAAUGGAAGUUAACAUAUCCCAUCGAAGUCGACAAGAAAUUUUGACCACAUCCAAUCUGGCUGAUCCACAUCUUUUUGGCAAUGCAUUAAAUGAGCUAAUACACUUGAUGAAAAUGAACUUGGGAAAAGAUUACUGGCCAUCAAUGUUCUUCAUGAAGUUCAAAGAAGAAACUAGUAUGAGAUCAAACGACUGCAAUUUAGAGCAGAUGACAGGAUGGAGUUACUCUCCCAGGUUAAGUGCAGUGCAUGGAGUUGAUGAUCCCUUCCAUCAAGAACACUUGUCAAAGGGCUCUAGUUGUAUAUGAUUAAAGUUAAAAGGAUGCUGAACCUUACAACAAAGAAGAAAAAGAAGAUGUUUUUAUGUAUAAAAACUGUGCAGAGAUGAUUAAUUAUUUGAUUAUACAGCUUAGGGCCACUUACUUAAACUGUAUUAAACUACUCAUUUUUGUCACAUAUUAUACGAAGCUAUAUAGUAGCACCUG